AUAGAGUUAUAUUAAUCGUUACAAUACACAGGAAAAAGGAACAAGAAAUCACCAUGGAGGGCACUUCAAAAGAUGACCAGUUCAUCGUUGAUGAAUGCAAGGAUCAAAAGAUGAUAGGUACCAAGCCGUUAAAAGAAAGCGGAAGCAACGAAGACUACGCAGCUCUCAUGGCGGCCCUGAAUGCCAACAGGGAGUGGCUGCAAGCGAAGGUCUCCAUCAACAACGCGCUCGUCAUGGAGGGCGCCUCCCAGUCCCAGUCGCAGCCCAGCGAUUUCUUCAGCGUUGGCGAGUGCCAGGGGCAGAAGACCAUCGACGGCGAGCAAAUGCCGCUGGUCGUCGGCCCCUCGACGGCAGACGAAGAUCACACGAGCCACGAGGCUCUCGUCGCCGCGCUGAGGGCCAACCGGGAGUGGCUGGAGGCCAAGGUCGUCGCCAACAGCGCCGUCCUGCUGCGCGGUUUCGACGUCCGCGACGCCGCCGAGUUCGACGCCGUCGUGGAGGCCAUGGGAUGGUCGGACAUCCGGUACGUCGGCCCAGCGCCGCGCACCCACGUCCACGGCCGCGUCUGGACCGCCAACGAGGGACCCCUGGAGCAGUUCGUCUACUUCCAUCACGAGAUGGUGCUGAUCAAGGAGUUUCCCGAGAAGAUUAUACUGUUCUGCGAGGUGCCGCCGCCGGAGGGCGGGGAGACACCGUUCGUGCCGAGCUUCCGGGUGACGGAGCGGGCGCUGGAGGAGUUCCCGGAGACGGUGGAGGAGCUGGACGCCAAGGGGCUCCGGUACACGCUGACGGCGCUGAGCAAGAACGACACCAAGUCUAUGAGGGGGCGAGGAUGGGAGGACGCCUUCGGCACCUCGGACAAGGCAGAGGCGGAGAAGAGAGCUAAAGCGCUCGGCAUGGACCUUGAGUGGCUACCUGACGGCAGCGUCAAGACGAUCCUGGGACCGCGCACGCUGACACGGGUCUUCCCGGGCCGGAGGGGCCGGAGGAUGUGGUUCAACACGGUGGUGGGGAUGCACGGGAAGGACGAGAGCUCCGCCACGGCUGCAGACGGCAGCGAGAUCCCGGCAAACUUCGUCCAGCGGAUCGGGGAGAUCAUCGAGGAGGAGAGCGUCCAGUUCCGGUGGCGCAGGGGCGACAUCCUCAUCCUCGACAACCUCGCCACGCUCCACGCGCGGCGGCCGUCGUUGCCGCCCAGGAGGAUCCUCGUCGCUACAUGCAAAUGAGGACGUCUGUAUCGUGCCAAUUACCAGUUUUAUUGUCCCGGUCUUUGUAUCAAGUGACACAUCUGGCUGUUCAUUAUUACAUCAAAGAACUUCGCACAGA